UUCCUGUGGGUCCGCAUCGUCGAAGAGAAGAUGGCCGCGCUGGGCGAACCUGUCCGGCUGGAAAGGGAUAUCUGCAGAGCAAUUGAAUUGUUGGAAAAACUACAAAGGAGUGGAGAGGUGCCACCACAGAAACUUCAGGCUUUGCAAAGAGUCCUUCAGAGUGAGUUCUGCAAUGCUGUGAGGGAGGUGUAUGAACAUGUUUAUGAAACUGUGGACAUCAGUAGCAGCCCUGAAGUGAGAGCUAAUGCAACUGCAAAGGCUACUGUUGCUGCAUUUGCUGCCAGUGAAGGGCACUCCCACCCCAGAGUUGUUGAGUUACCCAAAACAGAAGAAGGCCUUGGAUUCAAUAUCAUGGGAGGCAAAGAACAAAACUCACCAAUCUAUAUCUCACGGAUAAUUCCAGGUGGAAUUGCUGACAGACAUGGGGGCCUCAAGCGAGGCGAUCAGCUACUUUCUGUUAAUGGAGUGAGUGUUGAAGGAGAGCAUCAUGAGAAAGCUGUGGAACUACUAAAAGCAGCCCAAGGGAAGGUUAAAUUAGUGGUACGGUAUACGCCAAAGGUCUUGGAAGAAAUGGAAUCACGCUUUGAAAAAAUGAGAUCAGCAAAACGCAGACAACAAACCUAAUCAUUUAAAAACUUUAUGUUCCUCUUUGCUUUUAGCUAGAAAAGUUUUACUUGUGACCUACUGAUGGCCUCAAUGCCAAUGAUUAUAAAACACCAGAAACUUCCGUGAAAUCUUCUUGCCAUUUUAUAAAUGCCUAUUUUAGCAUCACUUACGGUUGUAGAGAAGCAUACACUUUUUUUCUCACGAGAAAAAGUAAAAGGUGAUGAGGGCAGUUCUGUCCUGCUGUUUUUACAGGCCUUUUUCAAAUGCAGAGUUUGUCACAAAGUUGUUAUAGAUUUUUAAGAAUGCUUUUUUAAUAUUAAAAUGAACUUUUACAUUCUUACUCUUUUUUUAAAAAGAGGUUUCUUCAUUUGGCAACUUAUUUACAAAUAACAGUUCUCCAAUAUUUCCUUUUGCUUAUUGCAAUUUCUUUGUGAAAUUUCUUUUCAGUUUUCCAAGAAAUUAAACCCAGCAAUCUUGCCUUCAGCGGUUUAUGACACUGAGUGUUGGCAUUGCUGCUGCAUUUUGUACUUAGAACAUACAUAAAAUAUCUGUAAUCAGUGGUAAAUCAUAGCUAUCGUGGAACCUUUAUACUUUUAUUUAAACAGUGUAUAUGUAUUCAUUUAUACUGAUUUUUAAAAGUAAGUUUUUAAACACUGAAGCAAUCAUUGCUGAAAUAUGUAUUCUUUCAUAAUAUUUAAGCAGGGAGGUUAGAGGAUAUAAUUUGAUUUUUAGCAUUAAUGACUAAAUCCCUUAUUUAUAUUUAGCACUAUGUCAUAAAUUAUAAAUCCAAACCAGCUCAGAUGUCAACUUUCAAAUUUUUAUGCUAUUCAUUUGUAUUUAAAUAUAUUUCUCAUAUUUCAGUUCUUCCAUGCCUAGAGAUGAGUCACUUAGUUCGUGUUGAGAGAAACAGAAGCAAGACAAAGUAAUAACUUCCAAGUGUGGGGCCUGAAGAGCCCAACAUAAUUACUGACCCAGCUUCAGUACCGAUUCAAGACAGGAAGGGAAGAUAAGGUUUGUUUAAGAUAUAGAAACAGGCAGCUUCUUAAGUCUCACAAUGAGUGGAGUGCAGAGUGCUUCAUAUCUUUACGAUCCAAAUAGCAGUGGGAGUUUGAACAAGCUUUUUACCAUUUGUCCACUGGAUGUCACUAUUUUACUAAAAGGCAGCUAUCAUGGGAUUGUGACUAAGUCUUCUAAAAGCUGAAUUCAAAGUUGAUUCAUUUUCAGUCGCAGACUAUAGGAACAUUUGUAAAGGGUUUAAGUGACAACGUUAAGAAACUAAUGAGUUGAAAUGCAGUAACUUAUCAUAAUUACGACUUUAUUAUCUUUAUUUUUUUAAAAAAAUGGGCAUUUUGUAACAUUCCUUCAGGAAGAAUGGAAGUGUAUACGUGGUUUUGCAUGUUUGUGAGCACUGUCAGUCUUACAAGAGAUCUGCAGUUUUCAGAGUAAAAGUCAAUCAGCAUUGUUAUUUAUCAUUUAGGAAUUGAACACUGGAUUGCGCAUGGUUGAAUGUCUUUAGUCCACUACAAAAUGUGCUUGAUAUUGAUAGGAUCAUGUUGAAUUGUAUAUUUUCAAAAUUAGCUGAUAUGUUUUUAAAAUGUUGACACCAAAGUAGUAUAGAAGAGUAUGACAUAUUUUAAUUUAAUUGUAAGAUUAUUAGAGGUAUUUGUUGUAAACUCUGUAUUACAGUUGGUGCACAUAGAACAGUAAUACACUGUGCUCGUAUUCGGACUCCCCAGGGCAAGUACACCCGGGACCUUGUCUCAGCCCAGCUGCUCCGGCUGCAGUGGCUCUUGAGGACGCGUCCGUCAGCGUUCUGUUAGAACUACAGCUUCCUGGUUCAUGUUCAGCAAUUGCAGAAUUUCAGCCAAGUUACAGUUUUUUUUUCCUUUUUUUAGUUUGUCGAGUAAGCUUUUCUGCAGUAAUUCACAAUCUGUUCUUUCUGUGGGCUGAUACCUAUUUAUAAUUCUUAAAAGUAACUUAAAGGAGCCAAAUGCAUAGCUUUGCUUGGUACGAUUGAGCAUGAGUAGCAAUAGCUUGCUUUCAUUGAUACAAUUCUCGUAGCUCAGGAUUUUAAAUAUUGACCAUAGGAAAAUGCCGUGGCAGAUGUACAGUAGUCUUCUUGUGUAACAAGAAAGUAAAGGAGCAUCAUCUAAUAAAUGAAUGGUUUGUGAAUAAGACCAAGCAAGCAGUAAAUA